ACAACCGGCUCGGCGGGCCCGGCGCGCUGCCCAAGGGCCUGGCCCAGUCGCCGCUGUGUCGCAGCCUCCAGGUGCUCAACCUCAGCGGCAACUGCUUCCAGGAUGUGCCCGCCUCGCUGCUGGAGCUGCGCGCGCUGCAGACCCUCAGCCUGGGCGGCAACCAGCUGCAGAGCAUCCCGGCCGAAAUCGAGAACUUGCAAAGUUUAGAGUGUUUAUAUCUUGGAGGAAACUUCAUCAAAGAAAUCCCACCAGAAUUAGCAAAUCUACCUUCUCUGAAUUACUUGGUAUUAUGUGACAACAAAAUCCAAAGUGUGCCUCCUCAACUUUCACAGUUGCAUUCACUUCGUUCUCUCAGUCUUCAUAAUAACUUGCUGACAUACCUGCCUCGCGAGAUCCUCAACCUUAUCCAUUUGGAAGAGUUGAGUUUACGAGGAAAUCCACUGGUUGUGCGUUUUGUUAGAGACUUAACAUAUGACCCCCCAACUCUCCUGGAAUUAGCUGCACGGACCAUUAAGAUCAAAAAUAUUUCCUACACUCCUUAUGAUCUUCCUGAGAAUCUUCUUAAAUACUUGGGUUUAGCCAGCAACUGCCCAAACCCAAAGUGUGGAGGAGUCUACUUUGACUGCUGUGUCAGACAGAUCAAGUUCGUGGACUUCUGUGGAAAGUACCGCCUCCCACUGAUGCACUACUUGUGUUCUCCAGAGUGCUCUUCGCCGUGCAGCUCCGCCCCUCACAGCUCCACAUCCCAGAGCGAAUCGGAUUCGGAAGAUGAAGCUGGUGUUGCGGCACACCGAAUGCAAAAAGUGCUUCUUGGCUGAACAGAGAGCAGAGUUCUGAAAUACUGAAAACUGAGCAAGGUGGUUAGGGAAGAAAACAGAGUUCACGGUUCACUAGAAAUUGUUAUCUUCAUCUUGAGUGUCCAUGAAAGUCAGGGAUAAUGUAAAUGAUUCAGGAAUGAAUCCAGUUCCAUGUUUGGAUUCUUUGAAUAUAAUUUACCCUGAAUGGCAGUUUUGCAUUUGGCUGAUGGUUUGCAAUUUUCACUCAAGUUUUGCAUGAAUCACCCAACAGAACAGCACAUUCUGAAGUGCAGGGCUGUGAUAGGCACUGUGAUGAGCAGUGUGACUCAUGGCAGCUGAGGUAAAGAAAACAAGAAAUCGUCAAAGCUGUAAUUAUUAUCAGAGUUGUCCUCAGGUUUUGCUGAACACCGUACAGUAAGCAGCAUCAGCCUUCCCCUCUUCGAGUGCCCAUGUGUCUUCAUUACAGCGCUAUCACAUAUGCUCACAGGUGGUCACAUAAGCCCUCAACCUUUCUGACCAACUAACUGGUGAAGGAAGGGAUAUAACUUGUAAUUGGAUGUUGAAACUCUUCAGUUCUACUGCUAUAUCCUAUAUGUGAUUGUUACUCACCUUACGUGAUCCAGCAAUGACUGUUACCAGUGCCUUACUCCUACCGAGGGUAUAGAAAUUGAUUCAAGAAAUAAUGCCAUAUAGCAACCUAUAGCCUGACAUACUAUGCAGAACACUUUAAAAUGUGUUCUAAUACAACUAGAUAAGCAGCUUAAUAUCUGAUAUGUGAGCUCAUGGCCGCCAGAGCUUUGUUUUUGUUUGUUGGUUUGUUUUGUUGUUUAAACAUGCAGUAAUUCCUUGUAAGCAAAUGCCUUUUACACCUAAUGGAAGGUUACAGUCUUAAUCAGUCUGUUCAUUAUACAAUGGAAUAAUAGUUUUUGACAGAAAAAUUUAGGAGAAAUGUAAGCUAGGAAACUUCUUUAUAUCUUGCAUUAAAUGAAAGGGGAGAAAAAAUUUAAAAUUUUUAACAAUUAGGUAUGAUUCCUUUGCCUGUGUCAUGUACUGAACUGUAACUUUAUAUUUUAAAAGAAAAACUUAUACAAGUAGAAAACAAGCCAAAUAAAAUCAGGAAGGCAAGAGUCAUUGUGUUUAUACACAAUAGGACAUUUUACAAAACUAGUCUAACCCUGGAAUACUUUUUGAAAAUAAUGUAUUGACAAAAUAGAAAAAGGACAUAUGUUCAAUCCUUUAAGUAUAAGCAAAAAAGUUUUGCAAAUUAAUUGUCAAUAGAAAUUGCCAAAAUUUUAAACUGUUUAAUAUGCAAUAGAAAUGGAAUAAUACAACUAUGAGUGAUAUUGUAAAAUACACAGUGCUUACCAGUAAUCAUUAGAUAGCCAGUAUAAUAUAAUAACAUGUUUGAUGUUAAAUGUACUGUAACGUACAGGUCAGAUAUGUGUAGAACAGUCUAUCUCUCUUUUAGCUUCUGGCAUUCAUAGUUAGGCACCAUUUCUUAUUUUUAAUGAGGCCGGGGAAUAGACUAUUGUGGGAAAGAAGUUGGAUUAUUUUUGACACUGUCGCUCCAUGUCAUGAUCAUUCCUGCCCCAGCAUCCCAGUCAGCUAAGGCCACAGUCAUGUGCCCCCUUGCCUGGCCUGUUUAGGUUAGGCUGGGAACUGAACCUGGGCCUCCCAUGCCACCCCAGCCAUCAUGCAGCAGCACCUAUCGUUUGCACUACAAUAGCCAGGCCUUGUUACACCGUGUCUUAAAAGCAGGUUGUUUGUAUAAAAAUGAUACAUACAUGUGUUAGUUUUUUUCAUAUAUAUUUUUUAUUAUAGAGAAUAUAUUAACUAUUCAGGGUUUAUUUGUUUGUAUGUUAAUUCAUGAAACAUCAUGAGAGUUUCAUGAACUGCAGUAGGGAAACGCUGCUAUAGAGUGACUCCCUCUACCUUUACCUUAUUAAAAUGUAAUUAGAUUCUUUGUCUUUUGAUUCAGAAAUGUUCUCUCUGUAGAAGUAAUCUAAUGUUUUUAUUCCUUAGCAAAGUAAUACUGGGUGAUUAUACCAUAGAGUGUAAGUAAUGAAGUCUUUGCUGCAGCCACAGCAAGCUGUAUACUACAAAAUUAUGAAAGAUAAAAAUGUUUCAGGCAAUGCCUAAGUGACAACCUACUUACUUUGUAAGUAAGUGACUUAGUUAAGAAACAUAAAAUAUUUUCAUAGAAAAUGAUGUAUCUGAUAGGACCAAAUUUUUCUGGCUUAAAUGCCUGUGCAUACUUGCCAGUUGAUUACUAGCUUAACCUAAGAUACAGCUUGAAUAAGAGACUUUGUGAAAUAGAUGGUUUUUUGUAAACAUAGUACUUAAUCUUACAUAUCUUUCUGACUCGUAGAUAGAAGAUACACUGCCUAAUCAGAUGUAAAUUAAGUCCAGCCAAACAGUUUCUAUCCUUUACCAUACAAGUAGAUGUAUACCAUAGUAUUCUUUCAACAAAAUGUUUGUUAUGGUUCUUAUAUUUAGUAGAAAAUUCUGC